AUGACUAGGGUGGGUGUGGCUGUGGAUGUUGCUGUAGUUGCACAUCAUGAAGCUGAUACUAAUGAAGCUAACGAUGAUGAAGAUGUUUCUAGUGAACCAAGUGUAAUAAUGACUUAUGACUGUUUGACAAGACCAGCGGAUGAAAUUCUGUAUAAACAAUUUCUUGACACUUGUCACAAUGUCAAACAAGAAUCAAAUCUCCUUAUUGGUCGUGAACAAGAAAUAAAUUCACGCAUUUCUGUUUUGUCUCGACAAACUAAAAAUAAUCCACUUUUAAUUGGGGAAUCUGGCGUUGGAAAAACCUCAUUAAUUAAAGAAUUAUCAGAACGUACCAUCUCUGAAAAUGUAUUUCCAUUACAUACAAAAUCAACAACUAUUCUUGGUACUGCUUCAUUAAUAUUAUACAUAGAAAAAUAUAUGACAAUCGCAUCAAAUUCUCAUAUUACAAUUUAUGUUGAUGCAAACGGUCAAUAUCAACUUCAAGUUCGAGCAUCAUAA